AUGGCGACCGUCAAUCAGAACAUGUUUGGAGCCAGCAUAGGCGCAGAACCGCCUGGCGGUGCCUCGCUAAUGGUUCUUCCGCUGAAUCUUAUCGCCCAAAUCGUCUCACAUGUCGAUGACACAGGCGACCUAGCCCGGCUGUGCCGAACAUGCCGGGUUCUCAAUUAUAUGGCUUUACCACAACUCUACCGAAGUCUCACGCUGACCUCGUACGACAAAAUUCGUUAUCGAGAUGACCAACCCGAAGGAAUCGGCAGUGGCAGCCCCUUCACCAUGGGCCUGAACGCGGUGAUCACACGGCCGUAUGGAUCGCUAGUUCGAUCAAUGACACUCCGGGGCGAAUGGAACGACCACGAGCUAGAAGAACACGCGCGAGUCGGGCGCGUGCCGGACUCUUCGAUGUUGCUGAACAUCACCGCCCGCGCCGCAAUCGAUCGCAUGACCAAUCUCGAGAGCUUCCACUGGGAGUUAAGUACCAAGAUGCUGGAUACGGUGUUUACGGGCUUGACGCAGCUGCCAAAGCUUACUUCCUUGACAAUUCGCUUUCCUUCCAGCCGUCAUCCGCAACCUACCUUUGUGCUCCCCGGCAUGCCGCAUUUGCGCUGCUUGAAGAUUACCGAUAUCGAUCCGUUGUGUUAUCCUGAUGACAUUGCGACAUUGCUUUGGAAGAGUCGGAAAUUGCGCGAUUUGAAGUUGCAUUGGUCGCCACGGAUGCGGGAUUCCCAAGAGCCCAGUGUUUCGCUUCAUGACUAUUUCCGUAAGCUUAUUGCUAAUAAGCAACCUUUGGCGGUCAAGAGGAUGUCCUUCCAAAAUCUGUAUGCUUUCCAUACGGAGGACUUCAAUUUUGCUUUUGAUCCGACCACUGUUGAGGAUGUUACUUUCCUUAGUGGCGUUGAAGGGUCUAGUCUUGCCAACACGUUCAUAGAGAACAGCUGGCCUACGGUCCCACCACAUGCCAAGCUGCGUAUGAAGUCUGUCCGGAUGGAUGCCGUGUCCAAGCGGAAUGCGGAAUUUAUUGGCAACUUCAAGGGCCUUGAGCGAUUGUACUUCGUCAACGUCACCUCCGACUCAAGUGACUAUCUCAAUUCUCCCCGACAUGGAGUGGCUUCUUCAUCAGCACUUACGCCGCCGACAUAUGAAAGUCAACCGCAUGGCGCCCCGAAUGGAACUACCUCUAAUUCACCUAUCACUUCUGCUUCACCAGUAAGCCAAUUGACUGCUACUUCCAGCAUCCGCGAUGCCUAUCUCUCACACAUCAAUGUCAAUCACGGCGCAACACUGCGCCACCUCCUCUUACCCUCAAGGUGGAUUCUCUCAACAGGCAUGGUCGGUCGUCUUGUACACAGCUGCCCGAACCUAGAGCAGCUGGCUCUCGCCACAGAAUUCACCAGUAUGGACUCUCUGGGCCUACUAAUACCCUUUCUCCGAAAACUCAAAGCCCUCCGACUCCUUAUCCCCCCCUCAUCUGGUCAAACCCAAAAUGGCCCACCAGGCUCAGCCCUCGGAGUCUCCCGGUCCUUACAUCGCGAUAACACCCUUGGCCUGAGCAAGUCAAUGAAGGAAACCCUGGCCCAAGCAAAGUCCUUCACGGAACUAGUAGACAUGGACGACGCAGAUUUAACAGAACUGAUGGGCCUCGAACUUGCCAACGAACAAAUUUAUGGCAAUGUGAAAGUCAUCGGCCUAGGCUACAAAGCUUGGGAACUUCGCGAAUGCUACCAAGCCCCAAUCCCAUCAUCCCAAGCUCGCCCACAACAUAUUACCACAGAAGACCAAUCCCCCCAUAGUGGAGAGCACGGCCCCGCUGAAAGCCCCAUCAACUUCAACGGUGGUCCUCAAACCCACCCAGGGCACACCACAUCCACACUCAGAUCGCCUAGUAUGCAAACGCCCGGUCUAGGCUCUUGGUCUGCUAGUGCCUCCCCUGUUGCAAGACCACUUCAGCCACCCUCUACACUGGGCAAGCGAUCCCGCGACUAUGAGGAUAAAGAUCCCACCCCGACACCGAGGCAGCAAUCCCGAGGUCCUGAGACAGUUAUUCUCGAAGACCGUGAAGAUACGCCGUCCUUAAAUUCACACUUCCAUCCGCCUACAAUGACCGAUGAUGGCUUUGUUUGGAGACGGCGUAUGCGCCGUGUUGGGUGGGAGGCGUUGCAGCAUUGGGAGGUGUGGGCCUUGGAUGCACAGGAGAUUUGA